AUGACUCCGCCCAGCGCCAUCUUUGCCGCGACCGUGAAUGGAGACCUCUUUGCUCUCAAGCGCCUCAUGGCCACGGCAGACGCUACAAGCGUGAACGCAGUCACUGUCAUCAACAAGGGCGUCUACACGCCACUGAGUCGUGCAGCUGAGUUGGGGAGGCAAGACGUGGUCCGGCAACUCCUUUCACACCCUCGCAUCAACGUGGCACGGCCGCCGGGCAUGCCACCUGCGACCCCAACCGCAUUACACCGAGCCGCCGCAAGUGGGCACGAGUCGAUCGUGUCAUUGCUCUUGGCGCAUCCAGGCAUCAACAUCAACGCUGUAGCCGAGCGCGAUCGCGUCACCGCCAUCGAACUGGCCCUUUCAAACAGCCACUGGGCCAUCGUGCACAUGCUCUGGCCAGUCGUGAACGACGACAGCCGCUACAAAUGCUUUGACAAUGCCCUUGGGAUGCGGCGUUACGAGCACGCCGCGGCGCUGCUCGGCCUGCCAUCGUCCUGGCAAUGCGACUUGACUUUUCGGGGUCGGUUGGUGGUGGAAUACUUGGCCCCGUAUUUAUCCGUUGAGUGCUUGGUGGCCCUGCUGAUUCGGGACCUACCCGUGGGCGUGCAUCCCACGGCGCCGUCGCAGCUUGUGGACGUUCCUGACCAUUCGUUUUCGUGGAUGGAAUUUCUUGCCCCGGACAUGACGCUUCCAGACGACGUGGCCAAGCCCACCGUGGUCCGGGCGAUCCUCGACCACCCAACGUUCAAGCAAGUACCUCGAUCGGACUUGGUUCGGCGGCUCAUGACGGCACGAGAUCGCCACGACCGACCCGCGAUCAACGCUGCCGACACCGACAUCCGAGACUACAUGACGGGCGAAUUGUACUUCCUCGGUCGGUACGAGCUCUUGGAUGGGCCCCCCGUCCACGUCAGUGCGACGGCCGUGGUCGUGCUCGCAUACGAUCACGGCAUUUGCAGCCAAGUGUUCGACGAGUUUGCAGACGACGAAGGGCUCUUGGACUUGAAUGGGUUUGUCGAGUGCAGCUUGACGCUGGGGCGGCUCCAAACGGGGCCGCGGUCGACACACCAACCUGGAGCGCAAGCUUGCGAGCGAUGGGAAUCUGAAUUUGAAAUCUGGGAUGUCGACAGCGACGACGUCUUGACCAAGGACGAGUACCAGCGGUACUGCGACCAGACGUUUGGCAACAAGCUCCGAGUGGCGCUCAAGUUUAUGAAACACGAAAGCGAUUGGGCUCGUGAAGUCUGGACUCGCCGCGGCCUCGAUUCCAAAUACGUGCUCGGCCUGUUACCGUCGCAUGUCCCUGCCGACUGCGCCGACCACAUUGCGCAGCUCCAACUGUCGUCCAUGUCGAACGUCACGAUGGCGUUGUUUCGACACAUGAUUGUGCUGCCUGCUGCCGAUCGGAGCCUGGAAGACGUAUUUCAAAAAGCUCAACGUUGUUCGCGUUGA